GCUCGGGGCCGGAAGUAUGCUGGAGAAGUUCCUCGCGCUUCCUGUCUAUUAAUCCACUUGUUGAUGAAGAAGGGGAGUGAUACAAGAAGGUUCAUUUUCAAGUUAAACGGACACGUUUAUGAAACAAAUAAUUCGGUUUAUUAAAGCAGCGGCCGGCCGGGUGUUGAGUGAGCGUCAUGUUGGGUUGGAGGGAAGCCGGCGUCCUCGGGUUUUCCGUCGCUCUGGCUGGAGGACUGGCCUAUGCCGUCUGGAACUACGCGUUCUUCUCCCGGGAGUCCGAUGAAAGUCGCCCGGGGGACGACGGUGCGAGCGGCCGGGGGAAGCUAAGUCCCGACGGAGAGAAGCUGAAGAAAACGGAGGUGGAGGAGAGCGGGGAAGACGCCGAGCUAACGGUCGCCGUUGCCCGAGUUGAGCCGGUUUGCUCAGCCGAGAGAGCGCCGAAAGUAUCCGAGCAAUCAAUGUUGGUGAAGCCAGAGGGGACCCAAGUGCUGGUUCUGGGCCUGGAUGGAGCCGGUAAGUCCAGUUUGCUGUACUGUUUGGCCAUCGGCAGCCUGGACGUGGACACGGUGCCGACGCAGGGCUUCAACGCUGUCUCCAUUAACAGAGAAGACCUGCACAUUGAGUUCCUUGAGAUCGGCGGCAAGGCAGAGCUGAGGCCUUACUGGCCGAGGUACAUGUCUAAGGCGCUGCUGUUGGUGUUCGUGGUGGACUCAUCGGCGCCGCAACUCUUCGCCGUCGCCAAGGCCCAACUACACGAGCUGCUGCACUCCAACCCCCGCCUGCCUCUAAUGGUACUGGCCAACAAGCAGGAUCUUCCGGGCGCCUGCAGCAUCACCGACCUGCACGACGCUCUGGAACUUUCCAAGGUCGGAGACCGCAAGUUGUUCCUCAUCGGCACGUGCGUCAAGAAGGGCGAACCCGAACUUAGCUCAGGCGUGCGAGACGCCCGAGAGCUCAUCAUCCAGUUGACCAGCGCACCUUGUUCACUGGGGUUCACUAAACCAGUGCGACUGAAACAAAGUUGAAAAAUAACCCAAAGAUGUUUUCACUGUUUCUGUAGGAGAUCAAGAAUAAUGUUCAGUCCAAUUCAGUGAAAUUUGAUUAUUUCCAACAGUGAUUGGGAAUCACUGAGGAGUUCAGGCGAUCGUGUUAACUUUAUUGUUAAGCAAAUGUUAAUGCAUGGGAACAAAAGGACAAACUAUGGGGAAAAAAAUGCAUCUAAUGGGACAAAAACUGCAUUACUAACAAAGGAGUAUUAGUGCCACACUGGAAAGAUUUUUUUUUGGAACAAUUAUACCAUGGGAAUCCAUUUGAAAUAAGUCAGUAUUCUCAAAACAACAAAUAAAAUAAAAGUACUUUUCUUACAAGAAUAAACUACAACUUGGACUAUUCUUGUAUCAUAAUGAUCUUUUCCAUGUAAUAUUAAGACUUUUUUCCUCCUGUUCAUAAUAUUACAACGUCGUUCUGUAAACACCUUCACUUUUUUUCGGGAGAAAUAAGAUUAUUUUUUUCUUCCUGAUUGCGACUUUAUUCACGUCAAAUUGGUGCUUUUGUUUUCAGUGUGGUCCUAGUAAUCGAGUCCCAUUACAAUUUGGACCAUUCAAGAUGGCGCCUACCAGUGUGGUCGCCUCGGUAACGCGCUCUCUCUGAUUCUGAAAAAUUCUGAAAUAAAGAUGAUUCUGAUGACACCUUUGAACCACUA